CAAUCGGUCGCUGAACGCGGGUGAGACGAGUCGGAACUCCCGCGAAGACCGAGUCUCUCAGCUAUGAACUUGAACUCCUCAUUGAAUCUGUGACCGUGAUUCACCCGAGGUCGAAUUACCCAGUCGUGUUCCCGAAGAUCUCAGCUGACUACUAGAAAGGCCGCGUAGCGGGGAACUUUGUGUUCACUCAUUUCGUGAUUCCCGUCGUUUAUAAAUGCCGCCGUGCGUUGCUGGAAUGGUGUCUAGGAGCAAUCAUGGGAUUUUCCGAUUCCCGUUUAGCUGCUCUUCUCGGAGUCCGAGGAAGCUUGACUUCGCAGUUUCCCACGAUGACUCCAAAGACCACAGCGAUGACCAGAUGGAGGUGAGCGGACAGGAGGACAUGUCGCCGGAAUGCAGGGCUCUGUUGUCGCCACUGCAGCCGGACAACGCGGCUAGGGCCCGUGUCAAAAGAAAGUUUCCCGGUGGGUCCCCCGGGCUCGGACUUUUUGCACACGUUUCCCCGUACAGGGCGAAGAACUCUCCUCGUGUCAGUCCUUCGAAGAGGACCAAAUUGAGUUUCGGAGGACAAGGACAGGAGAAUCAAAUGGUUGGCUGCAAAGUGAUCUCCGGUUUGGGUACCAGACCGCCUUUGAGGACAAUUCAAAAGAAGGCUGAUCACGAAUUCACGCCUCCCGUCGGUCUGCCGCCGAAACGACUCACGUCGACAUCGACGAUGUCGCCAUUUGUGAGCCGCCUGACUGGCUCGCCAGUCGUCAUGUCGCCGUGUUCGUCGUCAUCCGACGGCUUUUCCGAGCUGUUGUUGGACGAGGACGCCAAUUUGCCGCCUUCCUCGCCGCCCUCCUCUGCCGCCAGUCUUUGCCUCAACUCGUUGCUCAUGGGCUCGAUCCUGUCGCUCCCGAAACCGCAAGGAGCAGUAUCAUCAUCAUCAUCAGGAACGAACCAAACCCUGGACGCGGGCUAUAUGAAGAAGAAGACGACGACGACGAAUGACUCGAUGGACACGGAAGACGUUGUUUCGGCGAAACGGAAACCGAUGACGAAGACAAUGACGAAUGCUGCUGCUGCUGCGAGUACUAGCAGUAAUAAUGACGAACUGGGUUUCCGAGGUCGGGUUCCGUUGCGAAGAGCUUUGUCUUAUGCCGGCGGCACUCCGCAAACUUCUGGCACAAAAAGUGCGAGGAGUUUAUUUGGGACUAACUUUGACAACGAUGGGUCGCCGUUGUUGACGUCGAGAGCCAAGAAGGCGGCGCCGAUGAAUGACGAAAACGCUCCGCCGUCAUCGCAGUCAACUGGCGUGCACCAAUCGAAUCCGCAUUCGACGACGACGAUUCGGAAGAUGAGCAGCAUGACGACGAGUUCCUCGGUCAGUCUGUCGUGGGACACCGAAAGCUGUCCGGCGCCGUUGACGAAGCUGAAGCGCCUGUCGUCGGUGGUGGAGGAGGACGCGGACGCCACGGCCACGAUGCCGCCGGAUUUGUCGGGCCUGCGUGAACGCUGCGCCAACGUCCCGCUGGCCCACUUUAAGAGUGACUCCAACUUCAGCCUCGCCGCCAGAGCAUUUCGUCGCUCCACGUCCGACACUCAUGCCAUCAUCAACAGGGCACUCAACAGGUCGGAGAAGAGACCGGACUUGAUAGCCGACUGUUCCCGGCCUUAUUGCUUGCCCUUUGUCACUGAAGGCGUGAAGCACCCGGAUUUGAAGAACAUCACCCCGGACACGCUGAACAAAGUGCUGCGCGGCGACUACAAAAAUGUGAUAACCACUUUCACCGUCAUCGACUGCAGAUUUCCGUACGAGUUCGACGGCGGACACGUGGUGGGUGCUGUGAAUAUUUACACCAAGGACCAGAUCCUGAAGGAGAUCCUGCCCAACGAACCGUGCAUCGCGCCGGCCGUGAGCAGCGGCAGUGGCGGCGGCGGGAAUCAUCUGUUGGGCGGCUGCGUGGCGUCUUCGUCUUCGUCGCCGGCGUCGUCUACGUCGGGCAGCGGCUCGGACUCGACUCCCGACAGCAGUCCCGACAACGACGGCAAGGGCACGCACAAGGAGCGCAACAUCCUCAUCUUUCACUGCGAGUUCUCUUCCGAACGAGGCCCGUCGCUAUUACGUUUCCUGCGGAACAGGGAUCGCGGACUGAAUGCCAACAAUUACCCGGCGCUGCACUUCCCCGAGCUGUACCUGCUGGACGGUGGCUACAAGGCGUUCUACGAGCGGUACCCGCACCAGUGCACGCCAAUUGCCUACAAGACCAUGUUGGAUCCCAACCACAUGGCCGACCUGCGCCACUUCAAGGCCAAGGCCAAGACUUGGUCGGGCGACGCAAUGGCCACCGCUGCAAAAAGCUCUGUGGGCGGCAGUCGACGGAAAGCCGCCUGUCGGAAGCAAUUUUUAUAG